CGCCACCACAACAUCAACAUGGCGCGUCCGGGCCAGAAGCGCAACCGCACGAUGGCUGCGCUCGCGCAAGAAGCGGCAGGACAGCAGGAAGAGGAGGCAUUUAACGCCAGCGUCACGGGUAUACAGGUCGAUCUCGGCGACGAGGAGGAGGAGGACGAGGGGGACGAGGCCGACGACGGGAUGGUGCAGGGCAAGAAGAGCGGGCAGGCUCUUCCCAUUGCCGUCUUACCGGACGACUUUGACGGCGAGCCCGAGGACGGCGCGACAUAUCUUGCUCUUGCAAAUCGCGCCAACGAGUCGCUUCCUUUCUACAAGCGCGUGGAUGUGCCAGAUCAUCUUCGCCCCGCCGUUGGCCCCGUCGCCCCCCCAUCACCUCCUACCGGCCGGCACCCUGCACUCCCUCGCGAGUCAUGGGAAGUUCUUUUCGCCGUGCACUUCGCUGGAUACCGUGCCCACCUAGAGGCGAGCUGGCCUGAAGAAACGCUCCCCUACCCAUCCGAAUAUCCCCCCCUCCCGAGCGCGGGCGAGAUGAUCCCGUGGCUCGAAUUCAUCAACGGCGUGGGGGGCGAGGACGACAUGGUACUCGACGAGGAGGAGGCGAUCAACGAGGCGCCACCCGCUCCCGUGCCCCGCGAGCCAAGAAUCAGCGUCCUCCAGCGCCUGAACUCGACAACAUCAGUGCGCGUACUCAAGCACCUCAACCGCGCCACGAAGACAGCACUCCAGCGGCUCGAGGAGGAAGAUCUGGACGACGACCCGUUCCCGCCUGCGCAUGCGCGCUGGGCCUUCGCCCUCCUGGCCAAGCUGGACCGCCACCUUCCAGGCGACGAUACUGCUGUGCUGCGCGACUUUGCACGCACCCUUGCGGCCGCUGCGGCGUGGCGGUGGGGAGCCGCCGUGAAGCGCGGGCAGUUGACCGCCGUGCCGGUCAAAGUUGGCUUCUACGGACAAGGCGGGGAGGAGGGAGCGCCUGUUCUCGGCGAGAUGAACGGUCCCGGACGAGUGGGGUAUGCCGUCGGCGCGCGGUGGAAGGUGGUGCGGGACGGGCGUGCGCGCAGCGAGGCGACGCCGCGUCCUGAAACGAAGGAGGCGGGUCACGAGGACGGACUGGACGAGUGUCUCGCGCGCUGCUGGAUGUGUGCGCACGCCAUCGUGGCAGGCUGGGCACAGUGGGACCUCGUCGAUGACUUCGCAGAUGCAUUCCGCGGCGUUCCGCGCGAGUAAAUGUAGCAUAGCAUGUAAAUGUGCAUAACGACA